GGAACAAGUGCAGAACAGGACAAUCGCUUCAGCAACAAGCAGAAGAAGCUGUUGAAGCAGUUGAAAUUUGCAGAAUGCUUAGAAAAGAAGGUGGACAUGAGCAAAGUAAAUCUGGAAGUAAUCAAACCAUGGAUAACAAAACGAGUAACAGAAAUCCUUGGAUUUGAAGAUGAUGUAGUAAUUGAAUUUAUAUUCAACCAGUUGGAAGUGAAGGCCUGAACCAAAAUGGAAGUUAUUCCUUGCGUCUGAAGUAUAGCACCAUCACCUUAUUAGGUCACAGCAGAGUGAGUGUCCAAUGUCGCUCUGACCCAACUCCCUUGAUGAUGCAGUGUGUGUUUGGAGAGUUCAACCUUGUGUUUUGAGAGAACAGUUGACAUUUCAACUGAUAAAGAUAAAUGAUAUAACAUUAAACUCAAGGUGGUUGAGUUGCAGUAGGGAGUCGGAAGCAAGCCAAGGGAACAUCUUUCUCUACAGGGGACUUGGCGAUUCCAAAACCCCCAAGGUUCCAAGAAGAAACUGAAGACACCUGGAAUCUGUACUUGCUUUGUGCUGUUGAGCUGUGCUUGUUAUAUGGACCUUGUUGCUUGACCAACAAACAACAUUAGAAUUAAAAAGCCCACUUUAACUUUGAACCUCUCUUUGACCUCUUAACCCUUUGUGGACAUGACAUAAUUACUUUGAAGAAAAUCUGUAAGGCACCUACUUAGCGUAUGCUCCCUCAGUGCAGGCAUAGUCUAGUGCUUUGGAGAAAGUAAGAAAAUGCAUGCAUGAAUCUUGAACUUUCACAGCAGGAUGUAAGGUACUUAGACUGUCAUCUGCAGUGUUAGGCAAUUAUACAGCUUCUGUCCGUUGUGCAGAUGUUAAGAAAGAUUUCCAAGCAAGGAGAAUCAAAACAAUCAGGAAAAAAUGUUUAGAAAAUAAUUAUAAAAACUUGUAGCAGCAUUGUAAUGGUGUAUUAAAUUUAAGGCCCACGAUUUCCUGUAUAGCAGCUACAUGGUCCAAAAAUGCUUAUGAAACCCACAAAGGAUUAACAGGCCUUUCUGAAUAUUUAUGGUAAGACACAAAAGAAAAAUUAAUAGUACAGUAAACCUAUAUCGAUGAGAAAUCACUAGGGAAAGAUUAAAAAAAAAAAAGUAGCUCUUGAGUGUAUAUGUAUUUUAGCCCCCAUGGUAGUUUUAAUUUAAGUUUAAUAUAGACUGUAUGUUGUUUUUUCAGAUAACCGGUUUGUCUUCCUGUCAUAUCUCUUUGCAGAAUCCAGAUUCCAAAAUGAUGCAAAUCAACCUGACUGGUUUUUUGAAUGGGAAAAAUGCUAGGGAGUUCAUGGGAGAACUGUGGCCACUGCUAUUAAGUGCACAAGAAAACAUUGCUGGUAUUCCAACUGCAUUUCUGGAACUGAAGAAAGAAGAAAUAAAACAGCGACAGAUAGAGCAAGAGAAACUGGCUUCUAUGAAGAAACAAGAUGAAGACAAGGAGAAGAGAGAUAAGGAAGACAAAGACAACAGAGAAAAAAGAGACAGAUCCAGGAGUCCAAGAAGACGCAAAUCUAGGUCUCCUUCCCCUCGAAGGAGGUCGUCGCCUGUCAGAAGAGAGCGGAAACGCAGCCAUUCUCGCUCCCCUCAUCACAGAACCAAGAGCCGUAGUGCUACUCCUGCACCAGAAAAGAAAGAGGCAACUCCUGAGCCAGAACCUUCUGUGAAACCAAAGGAGACUGUUGUUCAAGAGGCAACUUCAAACAGUGAUAUCCCAAAAGCUCCUAAACCUGAACCUCCCGUACCGGAGACGAAGGAAACUUCACCAGAACGUAAUUCAAAGAAGGAGAGAGAGAAGGAAAAAGAGAAGACUCGUCAAAGAUCCCCAACUCGGUCCAAGUCAAGGUCAAGAUCUCGGUCACGCUCUCCAUCUCAUUCUCGACCAAGAAGGCGUCAUAGAUCACGGUCAAGGUCUUACUCCCCUAGAAGGAGACCAAGCCCAAGACGACGACCAUCUCCAAGGAGAAGGAGCCCUCCAAGGCGAAUGCCUCCCCCACCCAGACACAGAAGAAGCAGAUCCCCUGUGAGGCGGAGAAGACGGUCAUCAGCAUCCUUAUCUGGCAGUAGCUCUUCCUCCUCCUCCUCACGUUCCCGAUCACCACCAAAGAAACCACCUAAAAGAACUGUAUCCAGUCCUCCUCGUAAAACGCGUAGGCUCUCUCCUUCUGCAAGCCCUCCUAGGCGGAGGCACAGACCAUCCCCACCAGCAAGUCCACCUCCAAAACCACGCAGGUCUCCAACACCCCAGCAGUCGAAUCGUGCAAGAAAAAGCCGUGGCUCUGUUUCGCCUAGCAGAACAUCAGCACCCAAACAUAAGAGUACUGAAAAAAGAGAAUCUCCUUCGCCAGCACCAAAACCAAGGAAAGCAGAACUGUCUGAAUCGGAAGAAGAUAAAGGAGGUAAAAUGGCUGCAGCAGACUCUGUUCAACAGAGGCGUCAGUACAGAAGGCAAAAUCAACAGUCCUCAUCUGAUUCUGGUUCUUCAUCUUCAUCUGAAGAAGAAAGACCUAAGAGAUCCAACGUGAAGAAUGGGGAAGUUGGUAGACGCCGACGCCAUUCACAUUCGCGCAGUCCAUCACCGUCUCCACGAAAACGACAGAAGGAAUCCUCCCCUCGGAUGCAGAUGGAAAAGAGGUGGCAAUCGCCAGUGAUGAAAAGUAGGAGGAGGAGAAGUCCAUCGCCCCCACCAGCCAGGCGGCGACGGUCUCCUUCACCUGCCCCUCCUCCUAGGCGGCGGCGGUCACCUUCAUUACCUCGUCGAAGGUCUCCAUCACCACCCCCGCGCAGACGCUCACCUUCUCCGCGGAGAUACUCUCCACCGAUACAGAGACGAUAUUCUCCUUCUCCACCACCUAAGAGAAGAACGGCUUCUCCGCCUCCCCCGCCUAAACGAAGGGCAUCACCUUCUCCACAGUCAAAACGCAGAGUCUCCCAUUCACCACCGCCAAAACAAAGGAGCUCGCCAGCUGCUAAAAGGCGUUCACCUUCGAUAUCUUCCAAGCACAGGAAGGGAUCUCCUCCCAGUAGGUCCAAUCGGGAAACACGUUCUCCACCACAAAACAAAAGGCAUUCACCUUCGCCACGGCCUAGAGCUUCUCAUACCUCUGCAAGCCCACCACCACCACGAAGGGGAGCUUCGGCUUCACCCCAGAGAAGACAGUCUCCAUCUCCAAGCACUAGACCCAUCAGGAGGGUGUCAAGAACGCCAGAACCUAAGAAGACAAAGGCUUCCACACCAAGUCCACGAUCUGCGAGACGGGUGUCGUCUUCACGGUCUGCAUCAGGGUCACCUGAGCCAGCACCGAAAAAGCAUCAAGGACCUCCAUCUCCUACUCGGUCUCGUUCUCCUUCUGCAAACUGGUCACCUGCAAAAAAGGCUAAAAGCCCAACUCAGAGCCCAUCACCUGCAAGGAAUUCAGAUCAAGAAGGGGGUGGAAAGAAGAAGAAGAAAAAGAAGGAUAAGAAGCAUAAAAAGGAUAAAAAGCACAAGAAACACAAAAAACAUAAGAAGGAGAAGGCUGCGGCAGCUGCAGCAGCUGCUGCCGUGGCUGCAGUAGAUACCACGUCAGCACAGGAAGACCAGGAAGCAGAGACAGAACCCAAAAAGGAGACAGAAAGUGAACCAGAAGACAACCUUGAUGAUCUAGAAAAACACCUGCGAGAGAAGGCACUGAGGUCAAUGAGGAAGGCGCAAGUGUCACCACCAUCCUAGGCUGAAUCCUUUGAUAUAAUGUACAUUUUAUUUGGUUUGUACUCAGAAUUCAAUUUCAAAUUGCUAAAUGUGUUUGAGCUUUAGAAUAUAACAUUUGUUGUAAUACUUGCUAGGUUGAGGUUCACCAUGUACAAAGGGCAUGGAUUUACAUUACAAAAGGUGUCCACAGUGUACUAGUGACAUUCUUUCAUUGACAGUCAACAUAAUUUCAUUUAGAGUGAGACUUUUUUAGAAGCAGUAGGAAUUUGUUUUGAAGGUUUUAAACAUGACCGUCAAUUCCCUAGUUUCUUUGAAAUUCAACAAAGCCUUUAGCAUAAUUUGUGAGGGUCUCAUUUGACUUCUUUUGUAUCCACUUACAUUACGCUACUAACCUUUGUGGUUUGUAAGCUUGCCCAGAAGUAAAACCACUGCAGAAUUACCAAGGAAGUACAUAUAUUUUAAUGCUUUCUACUGUUGCCUGUAUAGUCUCCAUUAAAGCGAAUCAAGAAUAGCAAUUUAGAAUGGUACAUAAAUGAAAGCAUGUUGUUUACCAGGACACUGUGGGUUUAUAUUGAUGUAACAUGUUGAUUUGGAACACUGGAAUUUCAUUUGUAUUUUUAUGUUCUUUUUUUAAAGGGCAGUUUCCAUGAUCAGCAGUCCCAGAAAAAAUUCCUUCAGUUACAUAAAUUUUGUUUGUGAGAUGUCGUUGCCCCAUUCAUAAAUCUUGUCUUGUUACGGUUCUUCUGAAUGGUAUAAGCAACUUUCAGAGAUGUGGUCUUUGAAAGUAUGAGGAACCUGAACUUUGGAUAUUGUCAUGUUUUCACUGUUUUUUGUUUUUGUUUUUUUAACUAAAGCUAUAUAAAGCUUGUGGAUUAAACAAAAAUAAAUUUCUAAAUUUAAA